GUAAAAUUUUUAGCAUUAAAAUGGAAAUCUAAACAUCAAUUUCACGAAACGAAAUGCUGCUAACAAAGCCUAAACCGAACGACAAGUCGCAGUAAUAUUAAAUAAUUCGUAUUUUCCGACAGUUUUUUUCUACGACGGUUUGCGUGACUUAACGUCCUGGCGCGAGAACUAUCCGAAGAUUUCUACUUGAAGCAACAAAUCAUUACUUGUGCAAAAGAUUCUUCGAAAAUUUUUUUACUGACGAUUCUCAUGAAUCAUGGAAAAUGAGGAAGUUUAUGUCGUUUACGGGACGCAGCUAUCCAUGGUGGGAAGAGAUAUAUUAAGCAUACCACCAGAUUUAGGAAUAACAUAUGGCCCAAAUAUUCACAGAUUAGAUUUAAGUUUUAAUCGCCUCAGAAAUUUGGAAGGCAUCCAAGGAUUUACUGAACUACGAGAACUUAUUCUUGAUGGAAAUGAGAUUGACGACAAUGUUAUUUUUCCAGUAUUAAAUCACUUACACACAUUAACUAUGAACAAAAAUAAAAUAACAGAUUUGGAAUCUCUUCUUGAAAAAAUCAAGCUACAUCUACCAUCAUUGAGAUAUUUAAGCUUGCUUGGAAAUACAGCCUGUCCAAAUGAAUUGUCUGACUUAGAAAAAGACGAGGAAGACUAUCAGCGAUACAGAUACUUUGUGCUCCAUAAACUUCAAGAUCUCCAGUUCUUGGAUUCCAAAAAAGUAUCAAAGCGAGAACAACAGGAGGGAAUUCGACGAGGUGGAUUUUUGAAAGUUGUUGCCCCAGGACAGGAAAAUAUAAAUGGGAAUAAAAGAGGAAAGGCUGAGAAAGACAGCAUCUACUCACCAUUGCCACCAGUUCUUACAAAUGCUGGUGAUCACCAUGGUACGUAUGGUCGUAUGCGCUAUGUUUACAUUGGUAAACAUUCAGAAGGUAAUAGAUUUAUAAGGAAUAAUGAUUUGUGAAGACAAAUUUGCGUUACACAUUCUGCAAUUUAAAGAUAGACUUGACUAAUGCAUAAAAACUCACUCAACUUCUAAUUUGUUGGAUACUGAGUAAUGAAUCUGUUCUUGAUUAUUGGUAACCCAAAAUGAAAAAGAAAAACUUGUUUUGUAAUAUAUUAUAGAGCCAACUCUUCUGUCUCAUUCAACUCAACUGUCUUCAGUUGAGUGUAAACAAACUUUUACAAUGCAAAAGUAGUUAGUACAAAAGUUAUCUUACCUUGAAACUUAGAUAUAAAGUAUUGUUGUAUAAAUGAAUGAUAUUAGUAAUAAGGCACACAUAUGCAGUGGAUAACUUUUAAAUAUAAGAAAUUGUUUAAUGGUUUA